CCACGCACCUGUAUCCGGUGUACACUUCCGGAAAGCAUGUUUUGCUGUGUUUGCAAGUAGUGUCAGAAGAUCAAUUUGUUGCCGUGACAAGCAAUCUACAAUGAAGUUGAAUGUAGAGGGCCUGUUAGUGUACUUUCCCUAUGAUUACAUCUACCCAGAGCAGUAUUUGUACAUGGUGGAGCUCAAGCGUUCUCUGGAUGCAAAGGGCCACUGUGCACUUGAGAUGCCAUCAGGAACAGGCAAGACAGUGUCACUGCUCUCGCUGAUCAUCUCCUACAUGAGGGCUCACCCUCUGGAGGUCAGCAAGCUCAUCUACUGCUCCAGAACAGUGCCAGAGCUGGAUAAGGUUGUGGAAGAGCUGCGUAACUUGAUGAAGUACUAUGAGAAGGAAACAGGUGAAGUCCCCAACCUGCUUGGCCUGGCCCUCAGUUCCCGUAAGAACAUGUGUGUCCAUCCUGAGAUUGGGCGUGAAAGAGAUGGUAAGGUCGUGGAUGGCCGAUGUCACAAUCUAACAGCAUCCUUUGUCAGGACCCGGCACAAGACAGACCCCACUGUGCCAGUUUGUGACUUCUAUGAGAGUUUUGACCAACAUGGGAGGGAAGUACCUUUGCCGCCAGGUGUAUACAGCCUGGAUGAUAUGAAAGAGUAUGGCAGGAAGAAAGGAUGGUGUCCAUAUUUCCUGGCCAGAUACGCACUCUCCCAUGCCAAUGUGGUAGUUUACAGCUACUACUAUCUACUCGACCCCAAGAUUGCCGAGACAGUGUCCAAAGAACUGUCAAAAACAGCAGUUGUUGUGUUUGAUGAAGCCCACAAUAUAGAUAAUGUCUGUAUAGAGUCAAUGAGUGUGAUGUUGACAAGACGGACAUUAGACAGGUGCUCCCAGAAUAUAGAGGCUCUCAACAAACACAUUGACAGGUUGAAAGCCAGUGAUGCCCAAAAGUUAAAGACAGAGUACCAGCGACUGGUGGAUGGAUUGAGGGAUGCCAGUGUUGCCAGGGAAACCGAUGUCAUCCUUGCCAAUCCAGUACUACCAGAUGAAAUUCUACAAGAGGCAGUUCCAGGGAAUAUUCGAACAGCGGAACACUUUCUCGGGUUCAUGAAACGUUUUUGUGAAUACAUGAAAACUAGACUACGAGUGCAGCACGUGGUGUCGGAGUCUCCACCCUCCUUUCUCAAAGACUGUCUGAACAAAGUCUGCAUCGAGAGGAAGCCCUUGCGAUUCUGUGCUGAGAGGUUAAAGUCCUUGAUGCGGACCCUGGAGCUGGCAGACACUCAGGACGUCUCCGCAGUGACACUGCUCUCCAACUUUGCCACACUUGUCAGUACCUAUGCUAAAGGAUUUGUCUUGAUCAUCGAGCCCUUUGAUGACCGCACCCCAACAAUCAACAACCCCAUCCUGUACUUCAGUUGCAUGGAUGCUUCUAUAGCCAUCAAGCCGGUGUUUGACCGAUUCCAGACAGUUGUCAUCACGUCCGGGACAUUGUCACCUCUAGAUAUGUAUCCGAAGAUUCUAGAUUUCCGUCCAGUAACCAUGGCAACAUUCACAAUGACACUCGCCAGAACCUGCAUAUGCCCACUGAUUGUGAGUAAAGGAAAUGAUCAAGUGGCCAUGAGCUCCAAGUUUGAGACAAGGGAAGACAUAGCUGUGAUUCGAAACUAUGGCAAUCUUCUGGUGGAGCUGUCAACGAUUGUACCUGAUGGAGUAGCAUGUUUCUUUACCAGCUAUAUUUACAUGGAAACGAUUGUGGCAUCGUGGUAUGAACAGGGCAUCAUAGACCAGGUGCAGAAGCACAAGCUGCUGUUCAUCGAGACACAGGAUGCUGCAGAGACCUCGUUAGCUCUGCUGAACUAUCAGAAGGCGUGUGAGAAUGGCCGAGGAGCUGUGCUGUUGUCAGUGGCCAGAGGAAAAGUAUCAGAGGGUAUCGACUUUGACCACCAUUUGGGCCGGGCUGUCGUCAUGUUUGGUGUGCCAUACGUCUACACACAAAGCAGAAUCCUCAAGGCCCGUCUCGAGUAUCUGCGAGACCAGUACCAGAUACGUGAGAAUGACUUCCUGACAUUUGACGCCAUGCGGCAUGCAGCCCAGUGUAUGGGGAGAGCUCUCCGAGGGAAAACUGACUACGGUAUCAUGGUUCUUGCAGACAAGAGAUUCGCAAGGGCAGACAAGCGCGGGAAGCUACCUCGAUGGAUCCAGGAGCACCUGAAUGACCACUUCUGUAACCUUUCCAUUGAUGAGGCCAUCCAGGUGUCCAAGAAGUUCCUACGGAUGAUGGCUCAACCAUUCAGCAGGGAGGACCAACUGGGACUGUCCCUUCUCACCCUAGAACAACUCCAGGCAGAAGACAUGCAGAAGAAGCUGGAGUCCAAGAUGCAAUAUGUCUGAUGUCUGUGUCUGAUGUCUGUUUGAUAAUGUGUGAUAGAUAUCUGUCUGAUGCCAGUCUGAUGUCUGUGUGCCUGAUGUCUGUGUGAUUUGUGUCUGAUAUGUACAUGAUAUAUGUGUGUCUGAUGUCUGUGUGCCUGAUGUCUGAGUGAUUUGUGUCUGAUAUGUGUCUGAUAUAUGUGUGUCUGAUGUACGUUUUCCUAGCAAAUCUGAUAUGUCCCCAAUGUUAGAUGUCCUCUUGACAUGUGUCUCUGAUGUUGGUGUACACCCUGUCUGAGUGCAUCAAACAAUUAUCAUGUGAUGCCUCUGUGAAACUUGAAGUGGACAAAGAAAGAAAGUGACAUGAUUCCACUGUGUAAGGACAACUGAAUUCGGCAGUAUUUGUAUUAACACUCCUAAGGCUGAGUUGACAGUUACCCCAAUCUUCAUCUGUUACAACAAGGCCACAGGGCUCUGUUACUCCACCUCGUGGACAAACCUGUUGAGACAGCUUUGGAAUACAGAUCAGAGAGGAAAAGUAUGUGACAAGCCCCUGUGACAAUGGAAGACCAAAUCACAACUAUGACCUUUUUUUAUUGCAUGUCACAUUCCCUGGCCUGUGAUACUCAUAGGCACAGCCAGUGGUUUGGUGUUGCUUUUCAGGAUGCUGUGAUAUGAGACAUGGAAAAUGGUUACACCUAAUCUUGAAUUUGAUCUUCCUGACAGGAAUCACAGUCAUCAUGAUAAUAUUUCUAGGUUUGUCAGCACCAUACUAGUGCUUGUAGGUUUUACCAAAGUGGUAAGCAUCUUUUGUAACUUUCCGCCCACAUUAAGCUGACAUACGGUGAUAUGGCGGGAAUACUUGUAAAAGCGGCAUUAAACUCAACUCAUUCACUCACUCACUUCCUGACAUUUUAUGUUGGGAAAUCUAUAACAUUAAAUGGACAUUACCACUUGCCAAUGUCUCGUUCAUCAAGAAGUAUGUUAAUCCGGACAAUUUCAGUGGGACAGUGCUAUCUGGAUUAACAUGGCCGUUGUGAAUACAUUUUGUACAACAGUUGUUUGUAUGAAAUGAAUGUGAACAAUUUCUACUAUGGUUUAAUAAAAUGUGACAUUUUGUAA